AUGCUAGCAGCAGCUACAGGCAGGUCCUCACCUGGCCUUCCAGCGCGUCUAGUAGUCCCGCCCAUGCCGCCACAUUUGCACCGGCGGCUCUACCUCAGCUUGCGCAGCGACGGCGUUUCGAUUGAUCCGGCAGUCAAGGACGGUGCGGAAGGAUUGUCGUUUGACUGGACGGCUUCGGGAAAGGCUAGGAAGCGACCAACACCUCAGCAGACCUCUUCAUCAGCGCUACCUAUAGCUGGAAUACUGGGCGUGGUCACCUUGUGGGAUGUGUCCUACCUCUUCAUCAUCCUUCCGAGCGCCUCGACCUCCGCGCUCCCCGGCAGCUCGGACGAGGUGUACACAGUACAAGGUCUGGCGGCUAUACCGCUUGUGCAGGAUAGAGCUGCAAAGGAGAUUGAAAAGCUUCUGGUGAGUACCAUACCAACCGGCGGCUUCAAGUGGCCAUUCCCACGUCGCCAGACCCGACGAGACGGCGCUAUUUCAGACGACGAGGAGGAAACGCUUCUGGAAACAAACCUCGACAAUGAUGACCCACCCUCCACCUCCAACGACGCUCCCAGCGCCCGCGCGACCCGGCGCGAGGUCGAAGCCAAGAUCAUCUCCCAGAUCCUGCGCGAGUUUGGCGGCGGUGGCUUCUUCUACAGCUACUCCACCGACCUCACUCGGACGAUCGCGUACAAGCGGCAUCGGCUGAAAAGCCGGCUCAAGUCGGCGGACGCACUGGCGGAGCUGUUGGGGAGUGCGACAGUGGAGCCAAAGGAGGGGAGCAAGCUGGCCGAAUCGCCGACACUGUCAGAUCGCCCAGAAACCCAGCCGGACGAUGUGGAGCCGGACAUCCAUAUCCCUCUCUGGCGACGAGUCGACAAGCGGUUCUUCUGGAAUGAACACCUCCUCAAAGACCUCAUCGAUUCCGGGUUCCACUCGUUCAUCCUCCCCGUCAUGCAGGGAUGGGUACAGACCGCUGUCAUCCCUGUUCCCGCGCCCAUCACACCUACGGAGUACAAGGAUACGCCUAUCCAACUCUGUGUCGUCUCACGGCGGAGCAAAGACCGGGCGGGCCUGCGGUAUCAGCGGCGGGGUAUCGAUGACCAGGGGCAUGUUGCAAACUUUGUCGAGACGGAGAUGAUCCUGCGGGCGGAGGUGGAGGGGAAGGUGUCUACUUUCAGCUACGUCCAGAUCAGGGGCUCCAUACCGCUCAAGUGGUCCCAGCAGCCAUGGUCCAUGAAGCCACCGCCAGUGCUGGACACGCCAGUGGAGAAGGCCUUCUCGGUAGCGAAUCUGCAUUUUGACGAUAUCGUCGCUAGAUACGGGCAUAUAACCGCCAUCAACCUCUCAGAACAGCACGGCAAGGAAGGCGCCGUUACGAUGGGCUAUGGCGAGCUACUUGCCAGCCUCGACCGGAAAGACGUCACCUACAAGCCGUUCGACUUUCACGCCAAGUGCAAGGGGAUGAAGUGGGAGAAUAUAUCAGAGUUGACGGCCGAGCUGGACUUUGACGGGAUGGGGUAUACUUGGGUCCUGGACCGGGAUGUAGUGCGGGAGCAGAAGGGCGUGUUUAGAUCAAAUUGUAUCGAUUGUCUGGAUCGGACGAAUGUUGUACAAUCAGCCAUAGCGAGGCGGAGUUUGAGCAUCAUGCUGGCGCAGCUGGGGCUGACGAGCAAAGGCGUGGAGCUAGAGCGGGCAUUCAACGAUAUCUGGGCAAACAACGGAGAUACCAUCAGUCUGUGCUAUGCGCAUACCUCGGCUCUGAAGGGAGACUUUGUGCGGACGGGAAAGAGGGAUCUAUCGGGGAUGCUACACGAUGGUGUCAGCUCGUUGAGCAGGAUGUUUUACGGAGCUGUAUCCGACUUCUUUGCUCAAGCUGUCAUUUCAUUCUUCCUUGGUCACCGCAACCUCAGCGUCUUUAGCGAGUUCCUGGAGACUAUGACCAGCUCGGAUGCGUCAAAUCUGAUACAGCUGUCCAGGGUCAGGGCUGCUGCUAUCGAGACGAGCUCUGCACGCGUGCUGGACGGCGAGCAACGAUUGGCAGGCUGGACUGUACUCUCCCCUCAAGACCCCAACGUCAAGAUCAGCGCUACAUUCGAAGAGAAGGUCGUCCUCCUCACCGAAUCCGCUCUUUUCGUCGUCUCGUUCAACUACUCCCUGGACAAAGUGGUCGGCUUCACCCGCGUUCCUCUGCUCUCCAUUACUGGGCUGCAAAGAGGCGCAUACAUCAUCUCCCCGCUGCAAGAGUCUGGCCGAGACGGAACCGAGAAUGCCGGCCUCGUCGUCCGCUUCACCCUACACGAAGGCCGCUACUCUACCUACUCGCUCCAGAACCGCUCAGCACCCAGCAAUACCGAAGAAUUCUUCGCAUUCAAGGUCCUACCCCGCGAGUUUGUCGCCCGUGGGGCCUCAUCCUUCGAGGAUGAAGAUAUCGAUUCCGAAAUGGAUGCCAAUCCGACAGAAACGUGUCAGGCGGUAGCAGCGAGGAUAGUGAAACGUGUUCAUGCCGCAUGUAGUGGGCUUGGCCAUGAUCUGCCGAUCUUGGAAGAGGACGUCGUGAGUGUGGCGGAAGCAUCCGCAUCUACGAGCAUAGCGGCGAGGAUGAAUUAUGGGGUCAAGCGCCUGUUGUGGUUGUAG